UCCAGGCAUGUUUGUGUCACUCACAUUGCUGCUGCUGCUGCUGAAUGCAGAAGACCAACAAUUAGUUAAGAGCUCCACACCGACUAAACAAGCAAAGGGAACUUUCAUUAACAUCUGAAGUGUAACUAUGUGGCCAAAUCAAGGUCCAUCCAACCCAGCCUUCCCUCCUGGCUACAACCCUUCAUACCCCCCCUUUCCCCCAGCAGGAGUCUUCCCCCAGCCGCCAAGUCAACAGUACCUGCCCGUCCAGUAUCCGACGGGUGUCAACCCACCCAUGAUACCCAACGCACCCCGGGUUGCACCGCCUUACGUGGGGGGUCCGGGACCUCAUUUCAACCCAGUUGCGCCUGGCGGGUACCUCGUAGCCCCCGUCGGAGGCGUCCACCCUGGUGCGUACCCGUGCUCCCAGAAAGGUUACCACCAUUAUAAGGGCGACUACCACAAUAAGGGCUAUCUCUACCAUGGCGGGGUCAACCCAGUCUAUCCCUUGAGCAGGGGGUUUGGCGGGGGCCUGACUGGCUUGGCCAUGGGAUUGGUGGCACAUAAAGCCCACAAGAAGUUGAACAAGGGUAAGAAGCUGAAGAAGGUGCACAAGAUGUACAAGCACGGUUACUACAAACAUGGCGGCAAGUACUCCUCCAGUAGCAGCAGCAGCAGCAGUAGCAGCAGCGACUCCGACUGAAGCCAUCAUUCAACUGUAUGCCACCAGUCAGAAAUAAAGUGACCAACUGUCAAACGGCAUCAUGAAAAUAUACUUUAACAGCAUUUCUGUAUAUAUACACUGUACUUGCAUAUAAAAAUAAAGGGGCUAACUACUAAAAGGCAUUAUCAAUGAAUACUUGAACAGGAUUUGUGGAAUGACGCAGCGUCUCUAUUUUACGGGCUAUGUUUUGUUUUCAUUCUAGAACGCUCUCUCGAGGCCUACUGAUUGUCAUCCCACUGUGUUAUGAAACAACAGAAUGUUUCUUCAAUGCGUGGUUGUCGUUUAUUUUUAAAACACCCUCCAAAAUGGUUAUUUGCUAUAAAUAAAUGCAUUA